AUGUCGGCGCAGGCGCCAGCACCAUUCAACCCGGAGGAGGCGGAGAACCUCGAAGAUAUCGAGAAGCAGUUUGCCGUCAAGGUGGUACAGCAUAUGCACAUAUACUGGUCGGUUCUCGAGAAGGUCAAGGGCUCCUCACUGCGGCUCACCAAGCUGGACGACGAAAUCUACGAGCACUUCAAGCGCGACUUCCCCGAAAUAGACCCUGCCGAGACUCUCGACGAAGAUGCGAUGAAGAGCCCGCAGGGUAAGAAGAGGUGGCGGGAGUUCAUGAUGACAUACGAGAAGAAGGUGGACGAAUAUAACUUUGGCACCAUGCUCCGCUCGAAUCCGAAGUGGGAGUACGGCAAGGAAGAGACUAUCUUUGUGCCGCGGAUUCAAUUCUAUGCGAUUGAGAUUGCGAGGAACCGGAAUGGGUUGAACGACUGGAUUUAUGAGAAGGGGCAACAGGAGGCAGCGAAGAGUAGCUCGUGA